GUAACUUGAUUUGGCUGCAUGAAACUGUAAGAAGAACCACUCUACGGGAAUAUGAGAGGAUAAUGUUGCAACCAUAGACAUAUAUAUGUAUAUAUGUCUAUGGUUGCGACUGUGCAGAAUACACACCACGGACACAAUAUGGUAGCUAGGUUAGCUUGUUCUGUUUAUCUUGCUGCCCGGUGGCAUCUUGAGUGUUUGCUAGUCUGAGCAUUUAGCACUUUGUAUGCUAACAUGCUAGUGUAGGACUUGACUGACAACCUGCUGUAUGGAAGUAAACCUUCCAGCGGUCAGACACAUUUCACCAUCAACUGUAACUCGGUUUGGGAACUUUAGCAUCUGAAAUUAGCUCUCUAAUGCUAGCUUACAAUGCCCCUCGCUCCUGCAAACCAGUCCCAGUUCAUUCGGUCGAGUCAGAAGGACGAAUAUUAUCAAAGCUUCCUCAGAAACAACGCCAACGAAGCGUUUCAAACACUUGCUGGUUCCAAACGAUGGCUGGACUGGAGGAGAGAGAUAGAGCUGCUGUCAGACCUCGCAUACUAUGGCUUAACAACAUUCUCAGGUUACCAAACCUUGGGCGAGGAAUAUGUCAACAUCGUCCAGGUGGAUCCCACUAAACGUCAAAUCCCCUCUCGGGCCAGACGAGGCCUCUUUGUCCUCUGCCACGCCUUCUUCCCUUACCUCCUGGACAAGGUCCUGGUGUGCCUGGAGAACGAGCUGGAAGGCGGGCAGGAGAGCCGCAGUGGUGUCGGUCGGCGGCAGGCGGCGUCCGGGCUGUGGAGCCUUGAGUUUUGGCUGAGGAGGUGGAUGCAGCGGGCGGUGGGGCUGCUGUCGGAGCCUCAGAGGAGGGCAUGCCUGCCAGCCGUGUUCAUCCUCCAGCAGGGUCUGACCCUCCUGCACAGACUCCAUGUGGCUCUUUUCUACAUCAGCGGCUCCUUCUAUCACCUGUCUAAGAGGGCGGCUGGAAUCAGUUAUCUGCGUGUCACAGGGCUGAACAGCGAUGACGGGACCAUCAGAAGCAGCUACAGGCUGCUGGGGGUCGUGUCCCUCCUCCAGCUGCUCAUCACAGUUUGUCUGCAGCUCAACAACUUCAGACAGAGACAGAGAGCCCGGCAGGAGUGGAAGCUCCAAAGGAACCUCAGUCCUCAGCACACACUGGGCUCGGGGCCCAGAGUCGCCCGCUGUAUCUUGUGCCUGGAGGAGAGGAGAAACUCCACCUCCACUCCCUGUGGACACCUCUUCUGCUGGGAGUGCAUCACGGAGUGGUGCAACACGAAG